ACGGAUUGCGCUUGCGUAUCCCGACGUGGCAGCAGCAUCAUGGCUACUUGGAAUCUCUGCGGGAGUGGGAUGAGAGGCGUGAAAAUGUGCAUGUUCGUGUACUUGAGUAUCCUUCCAGCUUUGCUGCAGGCAGCUAAAGUUUCCCCACUUAUAGAGAAAGUCAGUGACCAUAAGGACUUCAAAAAACUCCUCAGAACAAGAACCAAUGUCCUCAUCCUGUACACCAAUUCAGCAUCCUCUGGUGAAAGUCAGCUGAAGCUAUUGUCUAAUGUGGCGCAAGCUGUGAAAGGCGAGGGUACCAUCGCUUGGGUGAAUUGUGGGGACUCUGAAAGUAGAAAGCUGUGCAAGAAAAUGAAAGUUGACCCCAGUUCAAAGAGGAGUGGAGCUGAAAUGAUACACUACAAGGAUGGAACCUUUCAUACGGAGUACAACAGACCUGAGACAUUUAAGUCCAUGGUGGCAUUUUUAAGGGACCCCACUGGACCACCUCUUUGGGAAGAGAAUCCAGAAGCCAAAGACGUCGUCCACAUUGAAAACGAGAAAGAUUUCAGGAAGCUGCUCAAAAAGGAGGAAAGACCGAUCCUAAUGAUGUUCUACGCUCCUUGGUGUGGAGUUUGCAAGAGGAUGAUGCCAGCGUUCCAGCAGGCUGCCACAGAGACAAAGGGACGCUACGUGCUUGCUGGGAUGAAUGUGCACCCAGCAGAGUUUGACGGAUUAAAGCAAGAGUUCGAUGUCAAGGGCUACCCUACCUUCUGUUACUUUGAAAAGGGGAAGUUUCUACAUCAUUAUGAAAAUUACGGUGCCACGGCAAAGGACAUUGCAGACUGGAUGAAAAACCCUCAGCCUCCACAGCCCAAGACUCCUGAGAUUCCCUGGUCAGAGCAGGGCUCUGCUGUCCAUCACCUGACUGAAGAAACCUUCGACCACUUUCUGGAAGAGCACCCUUCAGUUCUGGUUAUGUUCUAUGCCCCAUGGUGUGGUCACUGUAAGAAGAUGAAGCCAGAAUACGAUGAAGCUGCAGAAGUCCUCAACAAGGACAAAGAUAGUCCAGGGGUCUUGGCAGCAGUGGACGCCACAAUCCACAAGACCAUCGGAGAGAGAUACCACAUCUCGGGAUUCCCCACCGUCAAGUACUUCGAGAAUGGAGAAGAGAAAUACACCUUGCCACACCUGCGGAACAAAGACAAGAUUAUCGAAUGGCUUCACAACCCACAGGCUCCACCUCCGCCAGAGCAGUCGUGGGAGGAGAAGCCAUCUAGUGUGAGCCACAUGGGCACCGAGGACUUCAGAGAGGCGCUCAAGAAGAAGAAGCACGCUCUUGUCAUGUUUUACGCCCCAUGGUGUCCACACUGCAAGAGUGCUGUCCCUCACUUCACUGCAGCAGCUGAGGUCUUCAAAGAAGACCGGAAGGUUGCCUAUGCAGCAGUGGACUGCACGAAAGGACAGAACCAUGAUCUCUGCAAGCAAGAAGGAGUGGAAGGCUACCCAACCUUCAACUAUUACAACUACGGCAAAUAUGCUGAAAAGUACACCGGCGAGAGAGGGGAGGAAGGUUUUGUACGCUUCAUGAAGACCCUUCGAGGCAAGGACCAGGAAAAGGUGGGAAAGAGGAAAGACGAGCUUUAACAUCAUGGUACUGGGAGGAGGGACCCUGCCUUUGCACUGGGAGAUAGGCAGAGCCCGUCCUUCACCACUGGAGCCAGAGACUUCACACCUCGCCAAGACACAUGUUUUAUACAAAUGAGCAGUUUGUGAAAUAUUUCUAAGACUAUCCGACCACUUGAGAUUCUUUUUUUACAAAAAUGAUUUUUUGUCAGAAAACAUGCCAUUUCCCCCGAAACACCGUGAAUGACUGCAGUUCUGGAAUUCUACACUUUACCUAUGCAAUACUUAUUGUGCCCUUGCAGUCACUAACUUUUAACCCAUUUAGAGGAGGUAUUCUGUGAAUGAAGACUCGGUCUUCAUCGUUGGUGUGUACCCUGCGCAAAGCCAUUUCCUUUCACGUCCGUCUGAAGAGCUCUUCGAUUUCUAAGAGGAACAACAAAUGCAAGUUACACAUUCAGAAGAUAUUUUUGUAUCUUGACCUAAAAAAAUGUACAUACACAUCAAGACUCAAAAUAAUUGUGGCCUUAAGUUUUAAAGUCUGGAGGUAUCCCAAACAUUUGGUAUGGUUGCAUAAAUAGCAGUGAAUCAAGAAAAGGUCUUUUAACUGUGAGAAAAAAACAGUCAUCUGCACUGGUUUUAUUCAAAACUGGGUGUUUAAUUUUCUUUCCCCGUGUUUCAUAAUCUGUUGUGAAAAUGAUGACAAACGCUUAAAAGUCAAGUGGCGUCACAUAGACAAAGGUUGAAUAUUUUGCAGUAGGGUCUUCCAGAUCAUAGGGGGAACUAUGCAGGCACACCUCCACCUUUCUCACACGAGCCCCUGAAAACCCUGUUUCUUCUUUGCAAGUUUUGGUGAGGGGAAAUUGAAAGAGCUGCUUUUUUCUCGAGCGACUCACGCUUAAUGCUGGUCUUGAGAAGAGAGAUUAAAUUGAGCUCUGCCAGACCAUCUUUUAGCCCAGAUUGGCCCACAGCAUGUGUGUUAAACGCACCUUCUCUUUAGGAGUCUAUUCCACUGAGGAAGGGGGAGAAGGCAUGUUAAUUCCCUGUAGCAGGGCCACCAAAACUAUGCCCCAAAUUGCCUGUAACUUCUUCCUUCCUCUGCUUCUCUCAGGCAACUGUGUUCUGUUUAACUCAGAUUUCUUUUGUCUUUUACUUGGCUAUUUAAACUCUAAAUGGAUGCGCACUUAAAGUUACUGCAAAUUUCAGUACUUAGUUAAGGGAAUUAGAAAAUGAUUUGGUAAUUAUAUAUAGACAGUUUAUGCCCUUCCACAGAGUUCAGACAGUUUUUUUUUUUACAGUGAAGUUAGCAGGUUUGACACUGCAGUGGAAAAAAUCUCAGUAAUUCAAAGUCGGCAUAAAAUUAGCAGCUGGUAAUAUUCAUGUGUCCUGCAUCCAGUCUUAAUUCUGUAGAAACUGGACACACCUGUUUUAUAGGGAGCCAAGACAAAUUCACUAACAAAACACUGUUGUUAAUGAAAUGUGCCAGUUUGCUCUCUGACGUUUUGUACUGGAAAAAUGUCCCUCACAAGCAUGGCAACCUUAUCGGCAGCACGUGCUUUGGAAUGGAGAGUAAAAAAUCCAGGUUUUCCAAAGUAUUUUUCAAAGUUGUCCAGCAGUGAUCAGAGCAGAGAUCCUGCAGAUGCAAAGUCUAAAAGCCUAAAAGCCAAAAGCCUUUUUAGUAUUUUCCAAAGAGCUUCUUUAAGUAAGUCAGGGCUAGUGUUUUUUUUUCACUCUACCAUUUCCUCUGUCCUGUUCAGGGCAUUAUGGUCCCCUGGGAUGCAUAUUUCCAAUAGCAAAUAUUGCAGUCAGCACCAGAGUUUUUGUGGAGAUGGUGGAAGUCCCUAGUCCUACAGCACAGUUGUAAGAUGAGAGGGAUUUUAAUAAUUGAGCCAUUAUUAUCUCUGUGGUAACUUUAACACUGUGUUUGCAUCUCCCAGCUAAACCAUUAUAAAUAUCUAAUGUACUUUCUGUAACAGCAUUUGUCUUUUAUUAUUCAAGAGUUUGGUUUCACUCAUUAAAUAAAGUUCUCAGGGACACUGAGAGGUGAUUAAAGGGAACUAGUGUGGUGUGAUUUGCAUUCCACUUGGAUGUACUCGAUCCAAGUUGAAGAAUUAAGAAUUGUUUACACUUGUAUGUGAAAUGUGAUAUAAAAAUAAGAGGUGUGGGAGUUGUUUUCCUGUGCCAAAUCAGGGCUCUACAUGUAAUAACCCAGUGAUAUCACAUCUCUUGUGUAUCUUUAAAGAAAUGUGUGAACAAAUCCUUGUGCUGUGAUUAUGUAGGUGAUUUACACACUCAGUUCACAUUCUGUCCUAAAUGUACUUACAGUAGCUUUUCUCUGUUGAGAUCUGUUGUCAGUAAUGAUUUGUUUCUGUAUUAAACAGUUUCCACGAAAUUCGGUGGAAGAAUUCUGAAAUGAAAAAAAAACAGGGUGUUUUUUAGAAAGAAAAUGCUGUUGUAUUCCAAAGUUUUCAGAACACUAGGAACUUGUCACACUAGUACCAAGAAGUCAGUUUUGCCUAUUUUGGCUUUAACUGUUUAGCCAUAUGUACAGUUUGUGCCCAAUCACCGAAGUCCCCCCAAAAUAAAAGAUACAAAUUUAAAC